GUUGAGGGUUCUAUUCUUUAUUUUACAUUUGGAUUAAAGGGGGGAAAGGAUGUGGGUUUUGUUUUUUUGAGCUCUCAAUGAAUCCGGAUGUCUUUCUACCUGAUCUCUCCUCCGUGUGAGAAGUGUGGGUGCAUUCGGUGAAGCCAUGCGUCGACUUCUCUACGUGCAUGUAUUCCUAUGCUGCCUCAGUAUGGCUCGCCCGUUCUGUCCAUCGCAGUGCACAUGCGUCUUCCAUGGACGCGCUGACGGAGCAGGAACCAGAUCUGUGCUCUGCAAUGACCCAGACAUGUCCGACAUUCCCGUCAACGUCCCAGUGGACACAGUUAAACUCCGCGUGGAGAAAACGGGUAUUCGCAGAAUCCCGACAGAAGCGUUCUACUACCUGGUGGAGCUGCGGUACCUGUGGAUAACUUACAACUCCAUAACCUCGGUGGACACCGGGAGUUUCUACAACCUGAAAGUGCUCCACGAGCUCAGGAUGGACGGAAAUAUGAUCUCCAUGUUCCCAUGGGAAUCUCUGAAAGAGAUGCCCCUGCUGAGGACACUGGACCUGCACAACAACAGGCUUACCAAUGUCCCCACCGAGGCCAUCCCUUACCUCCUCAACAUUUCCUACUUGGAUCUAUCCAGCAACAAAUUAUCAACACUGCCCUCUGAUCUUAUGGAUAUCUGGCCUCCCUUUAAUGGAGCACCGACCUCUACUAAUUCCUCCCAGAAAAUUGUGUUAGGCCUUCAAGACAACCCCUGGUUCUGUGACUGUAAAAUAUCUAAGCUGAUAGAGAUUUCCAAGAUGGCAGACACACCGGUGGUUUUCAUGGACCUCUUCCUGACCUGUGGCGGACCGGAGAAUCUAGCCGGCGUGCUUUUCCAACGCGCUGAACUCGACAACUGCGUAAAACCGUCGGUCAUGACCUCUGCGACUAAGAUCACGUCUCCUUUGGGCAGUAACGUUCUCCUACGAUGUGACACCACAGGGACGCCGACGCCAGCUCUCUACUGGGCUAAGUCAGACGGCUCACUCGUCAACAACACAGUUCAGGAGUCACCUGGGGAGGGCAUCAGAUGGUCUAUUAUGAGCUUGCAUGGAAUACUGUUCAAGGACGCUGGGAACUACAGCUGCAAAGCUAAGAAUGUAGCCGGCAACGCAGAAGCCACCAUUUCGAUCUCAGUGGCUGGUACCACCACCAUGAGUACCACAGUCCCACCGGUGGAACCAGGCCCCAACACUGGACUGACCAGCCCGAGCACAGCAAUGAUUCCCACAGACACUCCUGGCCCUCCCACUGUAGCAUCCACAGCUCCCCCAAAGACUUCAACGCCACAACCUGCCGUCCCCAAGAAGCCGAAAACUACCCCGAGCAACAUUUCACAGAAAGGCUCCUUCAAACAAACCAAGAUCCAAGAAGGAGGAAAUGGGAGAAAGCUUGCAGCGGAUGAAAAAAGCAAAAAGAGUGAUACAUUAAAGUCUGUCAAAGACCUUAAGAUUGUGGAGGAGACAUCUGAUAGUGCAGUGUUGCUGUGGACAGCAGAUGGGCUAUCAAACGAUGCCCCACUCACAGUUGUGUAUUCACCCUACGGUGAGGACGAAACCAAAAGGACAGAGGAGACAAAUGCUGGCAUCGGAAAACUUCUUUUAGAGGGACUGUCAUCUGGGAUGAGGUACUCGGUUUGUCUCAUAGCCAAAGGCAGCGACGCUGGGAAAGAUCCCUGCACGGAUUUCUACACACUGGACAAUGUGGACGACGUUGGACAAAACCAGCUCUUUAUGGUCAUAAGUGGCAUCGCCUGUGCUCUGAUCUUGCCGCUCAUUGCUCUGUUGAUCUACAAGAUCCUUGCGCUGUACUGCAAGGGGCGCAACGCGGGGACGGACGAGGAGGAGCUCGGAAAAGAGAGCUACGUCAAGUUCGAGACAAUCUCCAUGAAACAGAGAGCUCUGAACUCUCAUCCGACCGAGCUCUGGUCAAGGCGGCCGACCAAUGAAUCGGAGCGAAUGUUGCUGUGCUCCAGGUCAAGCAUCGACUCUCAGAUGACGUAUAAGAGCGACUGCUCCCGCUCUGAGUAUCUCUGUUGACAUCAGGCCAGUUCCCAAAAUGCCACAUUAGAUAUGAAAUACUCUCUAUGCCUUUUAUGACACUGAUAUUACCUGUAAAAACAAAAGGUAAAUCUUUAUAAAUGGUUUGUAAAUUUCACA